GUGCGGCCGGCAGAGAGGGAUGGCAGCCAGUCAUAGCAGGAGGAACCGAGGAGGGAGGGACAGAGAGAGGAAGAGGGACAAGAAACAGACACGUUCACAGCAGACCCGGAGACACAGAGGCUCGGCCUCACGAACACAGGCGGCCAUUUCGGCUCUGGGAGCUGCUGCUGGGAGCUCGGCCACUCGCUGCGGAUCCGUCCCCCCGACACAACCUGGGAUAGGAAGGAAGGAAGUCUGGAUACGGACUGACGUGGAGCUCCGCCGCAUUUAAAACGGAAACAAACCCACGGGAGCACUUCUGUCGAGGCUUAUCGGCGUGUUGGAUAUAUUCCCUCCCUCACACAGAGCACCGGUCACCGGCUGGGAGCUGCCGUGGUCCCGCAUCGCCUCUAACGGCUAACAACGAGAGUUAACCGUUUAUAUAACGGCCGUUGCUCAUUAAUUUGGACACAUUUCGGGCUUUUUGGUUCUCUUUGGUGUCCCUGAGGAUUAUCUAACCCUGCUUUGAAGCGAGCUCCGGGGCUUUCUGUGCGCGCCGAUGCAUCAUUGUCAUUAAGCCCGCACCGGCUGCUGCUGAUUCGGACUCCAGAGGAGAGAAGGAGCCGGAUCGGGACCACUGCUGUAGUCUGCAGGCCGACCCUGAUCGACGUUUUAUUUUAAGACACCAUGGCCGGGUUUAUACCGGGUCUGCUGCCGACAAACCACUCCCAAGAGAAGCAGUUCGCCCAGGCGUAUGAAGAUGUGCUGGAGCGAUAUAAAGAUGAGCGGGACCGGGUCCAGAAGAAAACUUUCACAAAGUGGGUCAACAAACAUCUCAUUAAGGUGAGGAAGCACAUCACAGACCUGUAUGAGGACCUGAGGGAUGGACACAACCUGAUUUCCCUGCUGGAGGUCCUCUCUGGAGUCACACUGCCCAGAGAAAAGGGACGGAUGAGGUUUCAUCGACUCCAGAACGUUCAAAUCGCGCUGGACUUCCUCAAACAGAGACAGGUCAGACUGGUGAACAUCCGGAACGAUGACAUCACUGAUGGGAACCCCAAACUGACGUUAGGACUCAUCUGGACCAUCAUCCUCCACUUCCAGAUCUCUGAGAUCUACGUCUGCGGCGAGUCAUCUGACCUCACAGCCAAAGAGAAGCUGCUGUUAUGGAGUCAGCAGGCCACAGAGGGCUACGCCGGCCUCCGCUGCGUCAACUUCACCUCGUCGUGGAGAGACGGACACAUGUUCAACGCUCUGCUGCACAGAUACAGGCCUGACCUCAUCGACAUGGAGGCCGUAGGCCGGCAGAGCAACCACGAGAACCUUGAGCAGGCCUUCGAGAUUGCAGAGUCAUUAGGGGUGACGAGACUGCUGGACGCUGAAGAUGUUGACGUUCCAUCUCCAGACGAGAAGUCUGUCAUCACCUACGUCUCCUCGAUUUAUGAUGCUUUCCCUAAAAUCCCAGAAGGAGGAGAGGGCAUCGCUGCACAUGAAGUGGACCAGCGCUGGUCGGAGUACCAGUCCAGGUUCUCGUCUCUGGUCCAGUGGAGCCGCCAGCAUACAGCCCUCAUGGCAAAGAAAAACUUUCCACAGAACCCAGUUGAACUCAAGGCACUUUAUAAUGAGUACAUCCAUUUCAAAGAGACGGAGAUCCCGAUCAAGGAGACGGAGAAGGUUCACGUCGAGCAUCUCUACAAGCUGCUGGAGGUUUGGAUCGAAUUUGGCCGGAUUAAGCUUCCUCAGGGCCUCCAUCCCAAUGAGCUAGAGGAGGAAUGGGGCAAACUCAUCCUGGAGAUGCUGGAGAGGGAGAAGGCCCUCAGGCCGGCCGUGGAGAGAGUGGAGCUGCUGCUUCAGCAAGCCAAUAAGAUCCAGAACACUGCUGUGGACUGUGAGGAGAAACUCACCCUCGCUAAGAACACUCUUCAGGCUGACAUGUCUCGAGCAGAGAACGGCGAGGCGGUGCAGUGCGAGGGAGAAAUGGCAUGCUACCUGCAGGACUGUGAGGCGUUGAUCAGACUAAUCGAGCAGGAUCUGAAACUCCUUCGAGAGGAAAAAUACUACCAGGUGGAUCAGCUGGCCUUUAGAGUUUCCUGCCUUCAGGAGGAGCUGGUCUCCCUCCGUCUGCAGUGCUUCAGCGUCUACAGGAAAGGCAACUUCUCUCAGGCCCUGGGCACCACCGGCACAGAGCCACCCUGGCAGAGAGCCACAGACGGAGGCCUCUCUCUGGGACAGACCCUGCUGGGAGCCGUGGGAGCAGUCGGAGCCGCUCUCCUGCGGCGACCGAUGGCUCGCUCCCAGCUGGUGGCCAUGUCCUCAUCAGAGGAUGAAGGAAGCCUGAGAUUCAUCUACGAGCUGCUUGGAUGGGUGGAGGAGACACAGGAGCUGUUGGAGGGAGCUGAAUGGGGUGCAGACCUCCCCUCUGUAGAAAACAACCUCCAGGAGCACAACACCAUCCAUACGGCUGUGGAGGAGCUGCUGAGCAGCCUGCAGGAGGCGCGCAGCUACGAGGCAAAAGUGUCUCCAAACUUUAAAGGUAGUUACUCUGAAACCUUGGCCAAACUGGAACAGCAGUACUGCAAGCUACUGGAACAUUCGUCAUGCCGCCUGCAGAGCUUGGAGAGCCUUCAGGGGUUUGUGUGUCGCUGCACCGAGGAGCUGAUCUGGCUCAACGAGAGGGAGGAGGAGGAGAUCUCCUUCGACUGGAGCGACAACAACACCAACAUGGGCGCCAAGAGGGAGAUGUACAACGUGAUGAGGUUGGAGUUGGCAGAGAAACAGGAUGUGAUGCGUACCCUCCAGGAAACAGCCAACCACCUCUGUCAGGAAAACCAUCCAGCCAAGCAGACUGUGGAGGCCUACAGUGCAGCCCUGCAGACUCAGUGGCAGUGGGUGCAGCAGCUGUGUGUUUGUGUGGAGCAGCAUCUCAAAGACAACACCGCCUACUUCCAGUUCAUGAGUGACGCAAGGGACUCUGAGUCGUAUCUCCGUCAGCUUCAGGAAACAAUAAAGAGACAAUAUACUUGUGACAAGAACAGCAGGCUGAGCAAACUGGAGGACCUGCUGCAGGACUCCAUGGAGGAGAAGGAGCAGCUGAUUGAGUACCGAAGCACAGUGGCGAGCCUCAUGGGACGGGCCAAGACGGUGGUCCAGCUUCGGCCCCGCAGCACCGAGGGUCUGCUGGGUGGGGCCACGCCCAUCAAAGCCAUCUGUGACUACAAACAGAUAGAGACCAACGUUCAGAUCACGAUCAACCAGGGAGAGGAGUGUGUGCUGGAGGACAACUCCCAGAGGACCAAGUGGAAGGUGAUCAGUCCGACUGGGAAUGAAGCCAUGGUCCCCUCUGUGUGUUUCACCGUCCCUCCUCCCAACCAGGAGGCCAUCGACACGUCUAGCAGGACGGAGCAGCUGUACCAGAAGGUAAUGUCUCUGUGGCAUCAGCUGCAUGUGAACAUGAAGAGCGUGGUAACAUGGCACUACCUCCUCAAAGACAUCAGAACCGUCUCUGGAUGGACCCUGGACACGGUUCGUAGUCAGAGUCCGUCAGAGCGCCAACGUGUGCUGGAUCACCUGGGGUCCCAGUUAGCCGACUUCCUGUCAGACAGCAAAGAGAGCUCGCUGUUCACAGCGGCUGAAAGACGGGACCUGGAGAGGGAAGUUCAGCAGGCGCAGCAGCAUUGCCAAGACCUGCUGCACAACAUGGAGACGGUGGAGAAGGAUGAGUCGGUGUCUGGGUCCUACCUGUCGGAGCUGCAGGACAUCACUCUCCGUCUGAACGAGUCCGAGCGGAUGCUGAUAAGCGCCAUCGAGACUCCGCCUCCCAGCCGGCUGUUAGCUGGCAGCUUUGACAUCACGCUGCAGAUUGCAGAGCAAGAGAAGCUGAAAUCUGAACUGGACUCCCUGCGCUCCAGUCUAGGCGACGUAUCCCAUCGCUGCGUCAGGUUCUUCGAGGAGAAGCCGUCGUCCUCCAGCGUUCCCCGUCUCCGGUCGGAGCUCAGUCAGGCUGUGGAGAGAACUGAUAAACUGCACAACCUUUCAGCUGUCUACUUGGAUAAGUUGAAAGCAGUAGAGGUCCUGCUGCAGAGCCUGGAUGAAGCGGAGAGCCAGGUCAGGAAGUAUGAGAGCAGGCUUAGUGAGGAGGACGUCGUUCCUGCAGACAUUGCAGCCAUUCAGAACCUCAGAGACCAGCUGGGGAGGUGGCACGCAGAGCUUUCAGAACAAGAACACAUCUUCCAGGCCUUGCAGGUUCAGGUGGGUCAGGCCAAAGAGGCGGGAGCUCAGCUCAGCAAGCUCCACCCGGACCGCAGCCCUGAGCUGGAACGCUACCAGGAGAGAGCCAAUCAGAUUGCGGAGAGGUGGACUGGAAUCAAAAGCCAAACAGAAACACGACGGUCUGAUCUGGAAGUUCUGGGCUUGGCGCUGCAGCAGUACAGAGAUAACCACUCGGCUCUGAUCAGGUGGAUCGAGGAGACGACUGAAAGACAAGAGAACGCCCAGCCUGGACAGAUGGACAGCAGAGCGCUCUCAGAACAACUGGCCCAGCAGACGGCGUUAGUACUCGAAAUCGAGCAGAACCAGACCAAACUAGACGAGUGCCAGAUUUACUCCAAACAGUACUGCACCUGUGUCAAGGAUUAUGAACUGCAGCUGAUGACAUACAGAGCCUUUGUGGAGUCGAAGCACAAGUCACAGGUGAAGAGGAGGAGGAUGCACUCUUCCUCUGAUGCCAUUACUCAGGAGUUUAUGGAUUUGCGCACACACUACACAGCCUUAGUCACGUUGACAACUCAGCAUGUGAAAUACAUCAGUGAUGCACUGAGAAGACUGGAGGAAGAGGAGAAAGAGGUGGAGGAGGAGAAGCAGGCCAGGGUGGGCCAGGUUUCAGAGCUGCUGGGUUGGGUCAAAGGUCUGCAGGGUCGGACCGGUGGUCCCAACGCGGAGUCUUCACUUGCUGCCCAACAGGCCAUCAGUGAACAGCUGGUUGGCAAGAAGGACCAGGUGGCUGAAGCUAUAAGGAGCACGCAGGUCUUCCUCUGUUCCAAACAGGCCAGCAAGUUGUCUCCAGAGGAACGAGCUCAGGUGGAGGCUCAGCUGGAUGAGCUGACGGCCACCUACAACCAGCUUCUGGACAGCUCCAACCAGCAGCUGCAGCAGCUGGAGCAGCAGCUGGCCAAAGAGGAGGAGAGAAAGAACCAAGCUGCCAUUGCUGGAGUGAUCGACCUGGAAACAGUGAAAACUUUCUCUGUGUUUCAAGCAGCCCAGCGUGGUCUUAUUGACCAGGAUACCUGCUGUGUUCUGCUGGAGGCCCAGCUGGUCAUGGGUGGACUCGUCCGACCAGACUCCUCUGGGAUUUAUUCAUUGGCUCAUGGUCUAAGUCAAGGCCUCAUCGACAAUCACACCUGUCAGUCACUGGCUGAACUUGAGAGUGCCUUAGAGUUCAUAAGGGAGUCUGUGUGUGACCAAAAACGUUUGCCUGUAGCUUCCGCCAUGGAGUCUGGGUUGAUCAGGGAAGAGGUGGGACUUCGUAUUCUCGAACUUCAGAUGAACAGCGGUGGACUUAGAGACUCAUAUGGGAAAACUAUGAGUUUGGAGCAAGCAGAGGAGAAGAGAGUUCUGUCUCCCAGGAUCUUAAACAAGCUUUAUUCUAGGCGUCAACACAAAGAGCUGAUCGAUCCAAACACAGCUGAAAAAGUAAAUAUAGAGGAACUGAAGCUGCGUUGUUUCCCUGAUGAUAUCUCCGGUCUCCUUCUCCUUCCUGUCAAACAGCAGCCUGGAGGAACAGUUUGCCUCCUUUCUGGAAAAAAGGUUGGCAUCUUUCGUGCUGUCAAGGAAGGACUGAUUGACCGGGCAGUUGCCAUAAGACUUCUCGAGACUCAACUCUUUGCCGGUGGCAUUAGUGAACCACAUUCUGGCCACCGACUGAUGAUUGGUGAGGCUGUUCGUCAUGGGUUAAUGGACCAGGAUUUAGCUUCUGCUAUCUUAGCACGACAACUGCAGAAUGGGGGAAUUCUUGACCCACUCGGAGGGGAACGCCUGGAUUUAGAGGAGAGCAUUCGUAGAGACCUUCUCUCCCCUCGUUUGGCUCUGUUGGUUCUCGAGUCUCUUUGGACUUUCACGGGACUCCUUUGGCCUGAAUCUGGAGAACUUAUGCCCAUUGCCGAGGCUCUUCAACAAGGGGUGAUAUCAGGAGAUCUAGCAAGAAACAUCUUAAGACAGAGACAUACUAUUGGAGGGCUGUACAAUCCAGAAACCCUCCAAGUGUUGCUCCUUGAUCAGGAUGCAGAAGAACACCUUGAACCCAGUGUUGUUAGAUGUCUCAGAGACAUUCAUAUACCAGACAUUCUCUACAACAUGAACCAGUCCUGUACCUCAUCUCUAAACCGCCCAAGCUGGGGAUCCACUAGCUCCUCUCCAUCACCUCUGUCAUCUUCUACAGCCUUUGUGUGGGAAGCUUCACCAAGGGUUGAUCCUGAUGAUCAGGCCAAACACAAGCUUCUCUUUCACCUCAUGACUCACAGCUAUGUGGAUGCACAUUUUGGAAAACGGUUGGUCCUGCUCGACAGAGAUCUAAUGCUGAUGGUUAAAGCCACUGGUUUAGCUGCAGUUGAGUCAAGGAAAGAAAAGAAAGAAAUGUCUAGUUUAGAAAGGAAGAUGUUUUCAAUGAAACAUGAGAAAGAAGAAGCAAUAAAAUGCCAAGACAAGGUUGUACAUGAAACAGUACCUCGACGUCAGGAUGUCAAAGAUACAAUUACAAAAUCAUCUUUCGAAUCAGAAGAAGAUAUUAAAAAUGACGCAUCACAGGAACACGUGCCAGGAGUAAAAGAAAAUAAGGAUUUUAAUCUGAUAGAGCCUCAAGAAUUUGAAGACAAAACUGUUUUCCCAACCGAUUUAGCAAAGAUGCCACAAUGUGUGUCCAAAAGAGACAGUAACUUCAAGCAAACAGAGAAUGUAGUUGGUAACAUUGAACCACAGAUGGGAGAGGCACAGGAGGAUGCGGAGUUGGAGGGAUUAGUCCUCGAGCUCAAACAGGGAGGUCUGGUGACAAAGGAAGGAGAGAAGCUGCUGCCAGAUGAAGCUGUAGCUCAGGGUGUCCUUCCCGGCUUUACAGCGGUUAAAUUGAUGGCUCAGGCAGGCCUUUUUGGGGGAUUCCUGGAUGCAACCAGUGGGGAGUCACUGAGCUUGGAGGAAGUUAUGCAGGAGGGUUUACUCGAUGAAGAUCUUAUGUGGAGUGUCCUGAAGUCAGACAAAUCCCUUGCAGGUGUUGUGGACGUAGAGAAAGGUCAGAUCUGUGGGGUGAGGGCUGCUGCUCAGGCUGGGCUCAUUGAUCCCAACACUGCUGUUCGACUUUUGGAAGCCCAGGUUGUAUCUGGAGGGAUUGUCGACUUACGCAGUGAUAAGAAAGUCUCUGUCAUGUUAGCAGCAAACCUGGGUCUGAUUGAAGAAGGACAGAGAGAGGAAUUGAUUGCACUUGAAAAAGCAUUCAAAGGAAAAGAUUCAGACUCUGCAACAUGCUUCAAAAAAGCCAGUUUACAGCUACAAAUGGAGGGUGCUGUCGACCCAGAGUCCAAUUCUGCAGUUCCUUUAGAACAAGCAAUAAAGAAAGGGUUAAUUGCAUCUGAUGAGGCUUAUCGGGUGUUGGCACGACAGGUGGCUGAAGGUGGAAUUAUCCACCAUGCUUCUGGAAUGAGACUCUCUGUCUCUGAUGCUGUAGAUAGAGGACUAGUGGAUCGGUCCAUAGCGUCUGGGCUUGAGGAACUAGAAUGGAUCUAUCGAGGAAAAGUCAGUACCAUAAGCAAUCCGGAAGCAAUUGCUUUCCAGGCAACAACUGGAGCUAUUUUAGACUCUGACAGUGGAGCUAAGCUGACAUUGACAGAGGCUGUGUCAAGAGGUCUUCUAGAUGAGAACAUAGCCACUGAAGUCAUGGCUUCUCCCACGGUAACACAAGGCAUGGUUGACCCAAAAACUGCAAGAAUUGUGCCUUAUUCAGAGCUUGUGAAUCAGGGUAAGAUAGAUAUUGAAACAGGCAAACGGUUCUUAGAGGUAAAGCCGUUCCAAGGUAUUCAGGAUAAGAAAACCUUGGAGAUCCUGACGAUUCCUGAGGCUGUUGCUCUGAAGUGGGUUGACCCAGUUCCGGCUCUGAGGCUGCUCCAAAGCCAGGCAGACACCGGUGGGAUCAUUGAUAUCGGCACCGGAGAGAGGCUACCAUUACCUGAAGCUUCUGCCAGAGGUUUAGUAGGUGGUGAUAUGGUCAAAGAAAUAGCCAUCAACCAGUUUGUCAAAGGAGGUUUAGUUGAUCCAGCAACUGGACAGCGAGUCUCAAAUCUUAGCGAUGCCGUUUCUUUCCGGCUCUUAACUAGAGACCUGGCUUUGGAGAUCCAGGAGAAAGUAAAAGAAGUCUUUGUAGAUGAUCACUCCACACCCAUUGUGGUGACAGGGUCAAGCCCAGACAGUCCAGUGAACAUGUCUGCUGCAAACAUUACGGUGUCCUCAAGAUCUCCAUCUUCUGUAAGAAGUUUAGAAGUCUCGGAAGAUUAUGACAAGACACUGAGAAGUGAAAUUUCAGGGCAGUCACUGUUCUGUCCAGAAGUUGAGAUAGCAGCAGAACCUGAGUCGGUGGAAAAAAAGUCUUUAACAGAGCCUGAGCAAUCCAUGGAUGUCUUAUCCGAGUUCGCAUCUAAUGUUGAGAAAAGAAUCCAAAAAGCCAUUCAGGAGAUAAUGCCACAAAAGGACGACAGUAAACUGGAAAAUCUUCUUCAACGGGAACCCAGUGACACAAUGGAAAACAAUGGUAAACAUAGCGAAAACCUAAUCAGAACCCCUGUUAAAGAAUCCACUCAGAUACUUACCGAUCAUAAUGGUAGAGAAUCCCAGAAAGAGAUCCAAAAAGAAGAUGUCAAGGAACCCAAGAAAGAUGAGGUAAUGGAGUGUAGACCCAAUAAUGAGACCACAGAAACGGUCCAUCAUGUUUCUGACGAUGUGAAGGUAGCAGUUAGAGUCGACAAACAAAGCAAAGAUGCCCCUGGGUUACCAGCUGUGAACGAGGAGCUAAAGGAAGUGGGGAAGCCUUUGGAGGCCAAAACCAGCACUGAUGUGGAGCAGUCAGAUCAGUUCUCAUCUUCUGCAAGUAAUCAGCUAAACAACAAAAGCAAAAAGAAGAGGAAGAAUAAAAAGAAGGCAGAAGAGAAAGAGGUACAAACUCAAAUUCAUCUUCUAGAGACAAAACAUGAGUCUCAAACUGAUCAAACCAGUCCAAAAACCACAGAGAUCCCAAAGGUUGCUCCCGUUGAUACAGAUCAAAUUAGAUUUUAUGAAAAUCUAGAGAAAUCAGACUCUUAUCUUGCACCUAGUACUGACCCUCCAUCUGAAGAGAGCAUGGAAAGGAUUGAUGUGAACAUUUUGCAGGAACAGGAGGCUGUCGCUUCUCAACCGAGCUCACAGAUGGAGAAAGGUGCAGCUGAAAUGAUGUUAUUUGAUACUUCAGAAAAGGUUGGUAGGACAGAAGAUGUGAAAAGGGAGGAGGAAGAGGACUGGGAAUAUAUUAAUAAGACAUCGAUGGUAAUACAAACUGUUGAACCAGAGAUAAAGAGCCCAUCUGGAACUGAUGGAAAACCCCCAGAGAUGCCACAGGUUGCUCCUGUAGACAUAGAAGAAAACACAUUUGAUGGAUAUCUACAGAAAUUAGACUCUUACGAUGUUCCACCUACUACUGAUCGUCAAUCUGGAAAAAGCAUGCCACGGACUUAUGGGAAAGUUGAGACUGAAAAAGUCUUGAUUGAACAAGAGCAGGAGGUUGUUUCUCAACUAAGCUUUCAGGUGGAGAAAGAAGCAGCUGAAACGAUGUUAGUUGAUAAUAUGGAAGGUGUGAAUAGGAAGGAGAAAGAAGAGUGGCAAUCCAUGAAGGUUUUGAUUGUAAAACAAACAGAAGAACCAGAGAUGACAAGUCCAUCUCAAGCUGCUCGGACAGGUGCAGAAACCCCACAGAUGCCCCAGGUUGCUCCUGUAGACACAGAUCAAAUCACAUUCGAUGAAGAUUUACAGAAAUCUGUCUCAUAUGAUCUUUCACCCAUGACUGACCCUAACCCUGAAGAGAGCAUGCAAAAGACUGAAGGGGAUGUUGAUCAGGAGCAGAAAGAGGUUUCUCUUGAACCAAAUACUCAGAUGGAGAAAAAUGCAGUCAGGGCUCCAGAAAAGGUGGACAUGAAGGAAGAGGAAGGGGCAUAUACAAGGGUUUUGAUUGCACCACAAACUGAAGAACCAGAGAAAAAAGAUCCAUCUCAGAUGGAUGCAGGAAUCCUAGAAAAGCCACAGGUUGCUCAUUUUGGCACAGAAGAAAACACAUCUGAUGAAAAUCUACAGAAAUCUGACUCUUAUGGUGUUUCACCUACUACUGACCCCCACUUUGGAGUAAGCAUGGAAAUGACUGAUGGGAAAGUUGAGACUGCCAGAGAUUUGGUAGAAAAGGAGCAGGAAGAGGUUUAUCUUGAACCAAGUGCUGAGAUGGAGAAAGGUGCAUCUAAAACAACAUUAUCAAAGAUGUCACAAAAGGUUUAUAAGCAGGAAGAGGUGAAAAGGGAUGUGGAAGUGGAAAGGGAAUCUUCGGAGAAGGCCGAGGAACCAGAGAACAAUCAGGUGCAGCAGAGCAAGGACAAAGAAUCGCUUAAAAAAUCAACGCUUAAAGAUGAUGAAAAGGCAGCCUUGAUACUGAAAGCGAAAGAGAGCAUUCUUAAGAAGGUGUUUGAAAAAGGAGUGAGUGAAAAGCAGGCAGCUCAAGAGCUGGAGAAGCUGAGGCAGAAGGAGACGAGGAGGAAGAAAAGUACACGUGCAGAUGAUAAGAAGACUACCAUGGGAGAAGAUGAUGCUGAGAAGAGAAGCUCUGGUUUACCAAAAGACAGCAAUGACCAAGUAACUGUCGAAAAGGACACUGUGGAGCUAGAUAAAACACCUGAAGGUAACCCGGGGUUAACAUCUUCAAGUGAAAGGGAAAACGUCAGGGCUUUUCAAAUGGCAGAUUCACAGAAAGAUGCUGCGACUCUUCCAUCAGUCUCCAGAAGUAAAAGAAGCAAGAGGAGCAAGAAGUCCAGAAGUCUAAAAACAACUGAAGAUCAGCCUGAAAUGGACAAGGUAACCACAGAUCUGAAAGAUCCAAACAAUACAACCAAAUCGAAGUCGGACAGCAUAGUUUUAGCUGCAGGACUGAAAAUGAAAGCAGAUUAUGAUGGUCAAUCUGGUGAUGCAGCUACCAAGUUACCUAAGAGUCUAAAAACAACUGAAGAUCAGCCUGAUAGUGAGAAGUUAGCCUCAGAUGGGAGAAAUGAUUGUGACCUGAAAGAUUCAAAAAUUAAUUCAAAAUCUGCUGCAAAGCAACAGUCAAAAAGAAGAUUUUUGUUUGAAGACCUGAGCACUAAAACUGAUGUUGAUGCUGCCAGGUCUUCAGAUGUAGGUAAAGCCGAUCUGGGCGACCCUCAAGGAGCUAAAAGUCUUCAAAAAACUCAGAAGGAACAAGCUUCAGAAGGAUUUCUUUCAGACCCCAGUGAAUAUUUAUCUGAGGAGGUUUUAAAAAAACAGGAUAAAGAGCCCGCAGCUCAAUCUGUUGCUCCUGAUCCACAUUCUGGAAGAAGUAAAAGGAAGAAAAAGCAGCAGCUACCUGAAGCUGAAAGCUCUGAUGUUCCCAGAUCUUUAACAAACCUGCAGCAACAUCUGGAGUCUCCAGAAACUGCAGUUUUAUCUAAAGAAGAUUCUUUAGUUGAAUCUGAAACAUCCAAAGGGAUGGAGACUGAACCAAGCACUGAAAGCUUAGAAGACGAGGAACAAGUCUGCAAGAACCAAGAAACAGUGUUGAACACAGAGGGAGCUACAUCCACAGGAAGUAAGUCAUCAUUAUUGCGUCAGGAAUGCCUUGAACAUGAUCAGCGAGUCGUAGCCCUGCUCUCCAUGGUCAGACACAUGGAAGUCCGACUAAAACAGCAGCAGCAGCAGUCUGUGGGCCACAGCCUCGUCACGUUGGACGACAUCAUCAGACGAACUGAGAUGCUGGACCUUGAACUCUCUGACUUGGAGCCUGAGAUCAGGAAAUCAGUUGAAGCUGCAGAGCGACUGUUGAAGCCCAGACCUAUCGAUGUCCCUCUACAGCUCAUACUAGCCUUGGAAAAAGAUGGCCGGAGCUUAGCCCGAGGAUACGAGGCUGCUCGGGUGCUUUCCGAGGGCAUUCUGGAGCGUCUGCGACACCACAGAGACUUGUGCAAGGAUGCAGUAACAGCUGAGCAGGAGUCUCUGGGACAACACGUGGACAGGCUGCUGUCUUGGUUGAGUGAGACAGAGGCUCAGAUGGAUGGAGGAACGACAGGGAGGGACAAAAAGGAGACGACGGAGAAAGAUGACGGCCAGGCUGAGCUCACACAGCAGCUGAAUGUCUGCAAGGAGCUCCAGUCCUCACUGCAGACUUGCUCCAGCGAAGUCAGCAGCUUGGUCUCAGACAUCCAGCUGUUCAUCUCUGAGCAUGCUCAGGACCUGGCCCCCGAGCAGAGCAGGCAGCUUCUGAGGCAGCUUCAGCAGCUGCAGACAACCUUCCACCGAGCGUCGGGCCGAGUUCAGGCCUGGGCCGAUGCGCUGUCGGCUCAGCGGGGCCGGGAGGAGGAGAGGCUGCGCAGAGUAAGACUGAGGGAAGAAGAGAGGAAGGACAGAGAAUGGAAAAGUGCAAGGGAGAGAGAGGUGGUCCAACACCAGAAAUCAGAGUGCUCUCAGAAACUGGAAGACCUCAACGUGUGGUUGGCCGGAGCUGCAGGCAUGCUGGCCAGUCAGAGAGCUGGACCAGAGUCAGGUGACGUCGAUGCCUUGCAAGACAGGCAGAAAAAACUAAAGGACGUACAGAGAGACCUCCAAUCUAAAGCUGAGGCUGUGGCUCAUGCAAUCCGGUCGGUGGAGGAGUUUCUGGCAGAGAAAGGAGAAAGUCUGAGCCCAGAGGAGAAGAAGAACCUCCAAAUGGCGCUACGAAGACUGAAGGAGCAGUACACCACCCUAACGGACUCAGCAAAUACAUCACUGUCAGAACUUGACAUGGCCAUCAGUACGACUGUACAACAGAACACACAGAGGGCAAAAGCAGUGAAGGAACUACAGGAGACCCGAAGCCAGAUAGACUCCCUGCUGAACUCUCUCUCCUCUUUUAACCAAGCUCUUGGGGUCGGAGCUCCUUUGGAUGUUCAGGAUUCUCCUUUUUCACAGCCAGAGGGCGCUGUGGUGCCACACACAGAGAAGCUGCAGUUGGCUCUUCAGCAACUCCAGGCUCAGCAGGCGCAGCUACUGCAGGUAACCCAGUCUGCUCACUCCCUCCUGGACCAGCCGGACUCUACGGUUCCCCCUGAGGAGAAGCAGCGGCUCCGUUUUGCCCUGGACCAGCUCCAGGCCCAGCACCAGGACCAGCUGCAGAUCUGUCAGGAGCGUCUGAGGAAAUCUGAGACCCUGAAGGACGAGCUGACUAAGUUCCUCCAGGAACAUCGAACCCUGGGUUCCUGGCUGGAACAAAGUGAACAGGAGCUGCGUUCUUUGGGGGAAGGAGAAACCGACGCGCAGGGACUGAAGAACAGGCAGGAGGAGCACAGAAAGCUGGGUGAGGAUGUAAUUUGCCACAAAGCCGACCUUCGCUUUGUUUCCAUCUCCGGACAGAAGGUUCUGGACUCUGUUCAGGGAGCUUUGGAGCAAGUUGGAGGUUCAGAUCCAUCUCUGGAAAGCAUCAAACAUCUCGUGUCUGACAAGCUGCAGGAUGCUAACCACAGAUACACGACCCUGCACACCAAGUCAACAGAGUUGGGCGGACGUUUGUCUGGCCUGUUGGAGAGAUACCAGCAGUACCAGGAUGAGGUGGUCUCCCUUCAUUCCUGGCUGAGCACUCACGAACAAAACCAAAGUAUAACCAAGUCCACCGGGGACACCGACCCACAGAACCUCCAGAACGCUCUGCGACAAGUUCAGCUGCUUCAGGAUAAGCUGGCUGAGCGCUCGGUCCAGCUGGAGAAGGUGAAGAGAGCAGGAAGAGAUCUGGUCAGUACAGAUGAAUCUCCUUCUCUGAAAGCCAUUGACAUCUUCUGUGCUGCAGAUGGUUUGGAGAAAAGAUUUGGCAGCCUUUCUGCAUCUGUCUCCGAGCGUGCCGAACAGCUGCAAACCGCUGUAGCACAGUCUGUGAGCGUCCAGGAGGGCCUAAAGGGUCUGCUCAGCUGGCUGGACAAACUGGUCCUGAACCCGAGACCAGUUAAACCUACAGCACAGGCUAUACAAGAUGCUCUGACUCAGAACCAGAAACUUCGGCAGGAACUGCUCUCCAGGCAGGGAAGUGUGGAAGCGACCCGUGACUCCGUUUCCAAACUCCUCCAGAGUUCUGACGCCUCCACAGCGCCGGGCCUCCAUGGCAGCUUAGACGAACUGACCCAGCGUUAUGCUGCAGCUCAGGCCAGCCAGGCGGAGAGGGAAGCUGAGCUCAAAGGGCUGCUGCCCCGACUGGAGAGCUACGAGAGGCUAGGGACCGACCUCCAGGUGUUUACCCAGAGCAGAUUAAAGGCCCUGAGUCCUGUGGGACAACCGGACCGCAGCAUGGACGACUACCGACAGACCAUCGAGGAAGUAAAAUCUGAGCUGAACCAGGAGGCAGGCCAGCUGAAAUCCUUCUUUAGCCUCGGUACUGAGCUCAGCCAGUCCAAAGCUCUCAGCGACAUUCAGAGCCUGCUGGAUCAUGUCAAAGAAGUGACUGAUGAGUUUACCAAACUGGAAGAAAAUGUCAAUGAAAGGUUUGCUGCCAUUCUGGCCUGUGAUCAGCAGCUUCACCAGUUUCGUGGCCUCUCGGGCUCCCUUGUCCGGUGGCUUCAGACAGCCCAGGACCAGCUGCCCUCCAAGGAGGCCAACCUCACCACCGAGGGUCUGCAGAGGAGGGUCCAGCAGCUCCAGGACUUGCUGAAUGACUGGGAAUCACAAAGAUCCCGAAUCCAAGAACUGAACAAGACUGGUUCCGAGUUGGAGUCCCUCAUCAUCGAUGUCACGGCUCCUCAGACAAAAAUGGGUGUUCCUCAGAUCAACGGGUCAGCCGGUCCCAGCAGCCUGAACGGCAUCCACACCUGUAAAGACCUGACGGAGCUGCAGGUGACCAUCUCCGAUGUGAAUGCUCGUUACGACACUCUGGGCAGCGAGUUAAAGGAGCGUUUGAGCCGCCAGCAGGCCUCUCUGGAGCUCAGGCAGAAGGCCCGGCAGAGCAUUGAGGUGCUUAGGAGCUGGCUGAGUGACCGAGAACAAAGCUUGAAGCAAGGACAGACCACCUCUCCGUCUAAACCUGAGGUGGUGCGUGCUCAGACCCAGCAAAACAAGGUUCUGCUCUCAGAGCUUGCUGAGCACUCUGGAAAGGUGGAGGAGCUGAAAAGUACAUUAAGAAAACUAAUCGCUGACAAUCCUGAUUCUCCUGAGACCGAUGCCUGGAGGCAGCAGCUGCAGGAAAUCGACUCCCGCUGGCAAACAGCCAAUCAGACGGCGGCUCAGCGGCAGGCGGAGCUGGAGACGUGCGCUGACAGGCUGGGCAGCUUCGCCUCCGCGGCCAAUCAGCUCGGCCCCUGGCUCAGAGAGAAGGAGCUGAUGAUGAGCGUCCUGGGACCCCUGAGCAUCGACUCCAACAUGCUCAACACGCAGAAGCAACAAGUGCAGUUUAUGCUGCGGGAGUUUGACACACGACGGCCCCAGUUUGACCAGUUUACACAGUCUGCUGAAGGCAUCCUCUCUCAAACCGGUGACUCUGCUCAGGACGCCAAAGAUCUGGAGGAGGUCCGGACUGAACUGUGCUCCAUUUCCCAGCAGUGGGAAGAUCUCACAGGCAGACUGACUCAGAGGUCGAGCCACAUUGAUCAGGCACAGGGAACCAGUGAAAGAUACCAGUCCUUGCUUAAAGAACUCUCCUCCAGCAUCGCAUCCCUCAGCGAGAGGCUGGAUGCGCAGGCCUCGCUGAGCGCCCAGCCCGAGGCUCUGAAACGCCGGCUGCAGGAGACCGGAGAGAUCCGCUCUGAGCUGGAGCGAAGACGGACUGAGCUGGUGGAAGCCGAGAGGCUCUGCGGGGAGCUGAGCGCCAUCGUGGCCGAGCCAUAUCUGAAGGAAGAGCUGAGUAAGCGGCUGGAGAACAUCAACGGGCCGCUGAGGAGCUUAGAGGAGAGAGCAGCUGACGGCCUCACUCAGCUCCAGGCCGCUCUGUCCUCCACGCAGCAGUUCCAGCAGAUGUUUGAGGAGUUGCGCUCUUGGAUGGACAGGCAGUCAGAUCCCAAAGAAUCCCCCUCAGACUCGCUGCCCUGCCGGCCCGAGGCCAUCCGCUCCCUGCUGGCUCAGACCGAGGAGCUUCAGCGUAGGAUCGCUAGCCAGCGAGGCUCCUACGAGCUGAUCCAAGCUGAGGGCGUGUCGCUACUCGCCACCCUGCCCUCAGACGAGCGGUCCGCUCUGCAGUCCCGACUGGCCUCGCUGAGACAGGACUGGGAGGGCCUAAACCACCGGAUCAUGGAGAGGGAGACCAGGCUAAAGAGCACGCUGAGCAAAGCAGAAACAUACCAACAGCAUAGGGCUGAGCUCACACCAUGGUUAGCAGAGUGCGAGGAGAAAGAUGGAGAGAUCCGACCGUCGCUGGAUCCGUCUGUCCUGGACGAAUCUCUGCAGAAGGCCCGAGCUCUGUCGCUGGACCUCGAGAGACGCCAGGCCCUGCUGGAGGCUUUUAACACUGCAGCCGAUCAGCUGCUGGAGCAGUGCUGCAUCGGCGAGGAAGAGCUACGAGAUGAGAAGGCGCAGCUGAACCGGCGGGUGGACAGGCUCAGCGAGGGCCUCCUGAACCGGACCUCCCAGCUGGAGGAGCUCUCAAGCCGCCUGAAGGAGUUCGAGGAGGGCAGGCAGGCUGUGGAGAGGAGACUCGAGGCAGCCACACAUCAGAUUGAAGUCCAGGAAGCUCUUGGACCUCAGGCAUGCAGCGCUAAAAGUCUGGAGAGGCUAAGGAGUCAGCAGGAGAGUCUGAGGUCCCUGCAGCCUCAGGUGGUCUACCUCAGAGACCUGGCCCAGGGGCUAGUUCAGGACGCACCCCAGACACCAGGGGGCAGCACUGAGGGAGCGCAGAGGCUCCAGGAGCAGGCCAAGGAGACAGAGAAAGAAUAUGACAAGGUCACCGAUAAGAUCGAGCAGUGUUGCUCCUCCCUGGAGUCACGUCUGCAGGGUGUCGGCGAAGUCCAGGCUCAUGUUCGGGACGUCUUCUCCCGCCUCGCUGACCUUGACGAUGAACUGGACUCCCUCAGUCCCGUUGGACGGGACGCAGACUGCCUAGCGUCGCAGGCCGAUGCCGUAAAAAGCUUCUUGUCUCGUCUGUCCGACCUCAGGACAGCGCUGGAUGGAUACGCCACAGAGUGCACCUCCAUGCUGAGGAGAGAGGGCUCCUCGCCUGAUCUGCUGGCUCUUAGGAGGGAGACGGAGGCAUUGAGUCGCCAGGCUGGGAAGCUGAGUGAGCGCGGUCAGGCCAGGCUGGUUCAGAUCGAGGACGCUGCUGAUAGAGUCCAGGACUUUUACCGGCUGGUGGCGGAACUGCAAGGCAUGCUGGGAAGAGCCGAAGAGGGGCUGAACUCACAGGGAGCGGUCGGAACGGAGGUGGAGAUGAUCAAACAGCAGCUGCUGGAGUUCAAGACUGUGGAGCGUGAGCAGGUGGACGGCAUCCAGCCGAAGCUGCAGCACAUCAACGCCGUAGGUCAGGGUCUGAUCCAGAGCGCCGCCAAGCACACAGACACCCAGGCGCUGGAGCACGACCUGGAGACCACCAACCUCCGAUGGAACUCACUCAACAAACGGGUUGCAGAACGGAUCGCCCAGCUGCAGGAGGCCCUGUUGCAUUGUGGGAAGUUUCAGGAUGCGCUGGAGCCUCUGCUCAGCUGGCUGAGCGACACAGAGGAGCUGGUGGCCAAUCAGAGGCCUCCUUUUGCUGAAUACCGCGUAGUGAAGGCUCAGAUCCAGGAGCAAAAGCUGCUGCAGAGAUUAUUAGAUGACCGCAGGCCGACGGUGGAGAUGAUCCGCGCAGAAGGAGCAAGGAUUGCAGCCACAGCAGAUUCUCAGGACCGAGAGAAGAUCCAGGUCCAGCUCCAGAGUCUGUCGGAGAGAUGGACGGACCUGCUGGACAAGGCCAACGGCAGGCAACGGCAACUGGAGGAGAUGCAGGUUCUGGCUCUUCAGUUCCACGAAGCCCUGGAGCCGCUCGGUGAAUGGCUGAGCGCCACCGAGAAGCGUCUGAGCUCCGCCGAGCCCAUGGGAACCCAAACGGCCAAGAUCACCCAACAGAUCAUCAAGCACAAGGCGCUCCUAGAGGACGUGUCCUCCAGAGAAGCUGAGGUUGGCCACCUUGAGUCCCUCAGCCAGUCGCUGUCCCCGCUCAGCUGUGCAGCUGAUCAGGAUUGGCUGCGGGAGCGUGUGAGGACAGUGAGGUCAGGUCACACAGAGCUCGCCCACUGGGGUGCUCGGCGGGCAGCCCUGCUGGAUCAGGCGCUAGCCAACGCGCAGCUGUUUGGUGAGGAGGAGGUUGAGGUGUUAAACUGGCUGGCGGAGGUGGCGCAAAGACUGGGUCAGGUCUCAGUGCAGAGCUACCAGCCCCAGCUGCUAGCCGAGCAGCACAAACACACACUGGCUCUUAAUGAAGAAAUCCUGAGCAGGAAGAAAACCGUGGAUCAGGCCAUCAAGAACGGACAAGCUUUACUCAAACAGACCACAGGUGAGGAAGUUCUUCUGAUCCAGGAGAAGCUGGACGGGAUCAAGUCCCGUUACGCUGAGAUGACGGCCAGCAGCAGCAAGGCCCUCCGCACCCUGGAACAGGCUCUGCAGCUCUCCACACGAUUCGCCACGGCCCACAACGACCUCAGCCAAUGGCUGGAUGGCGUAGAGGCAGAGCUUAACACCGUGGAGUCUGAUGCCUCACCUGCCUACCAGGAGAGACAGAAGGAGCUGAAGAAAGUGUCGGCAGAGAAGCGCCUGGUUCUGGACACAGCGAACGAGGUGGGCAGCGCCCUGCUUGAUCUGGUGCCGUGGCGAGCCCGCGAAGGCCUGGACCGGCUUGUCGCUGACGCCAACCAGCGGUACCGGCAUGCUGAUGAGACCAUCACUCAGCGUGUGCAGCUGGUGCAAGCUGCCAUCCAGAGGUCCCAGCAGUAUGAGGAGGCGGUGGACGCAGAGCUGGCCUGGGUCGGAGAGACUGAGCGUAAGUUGGCAUCUCUGGGCCCCCUGAGUCUGGAGCCAGAUGUGACGGUGGCUCAGCUACAGGUGCAGAGGGCCUUCAAUAUUGACAUCAUUCGACACAAAGACAUUGUUGAUCAACUCCUCCGCGCCAGAGAUGAAGUGCUGGAAGCCUGCAGUGAUACUCAGAAGGAUGCUCUGAUGGUCAAGACAGAUUCUCUGAGCACACGUUAUGAUACGGUGAGUCAGAGCCACAGCGAGCGAUUCUCAGCCCUGGAGCAGGCUCAGGUCCUGGUGGCUCGGUUCUGGGAGACCUUUGAGGAGCUGGAGCCAUGGCUGGGUGAGACCGAAGCCCUCAUCACUCAACUUCCACCUCCGGCUAUCGACACAGACGCUCUCCGGCUGCAGCAGGACCAGAUGAGGCUACUCAGGGAGUCUAUUGCAGAGCACAAGCCCCACAUCGACAAGCUGCUGAAGAUCGGACCACAGCUGGCAGAACUCAGCCUUCAGGAGGGGGUGACAGUGACUCAGCGCUACAUCGAAGCAGAGAGACGCUACCUUGCGAUCAAAGAGGAGGUGAAAAGUCGCGCUGGAGCUCUGGAUGAGGCAGUGUCUCAGUCUACACAGCUGGUAGAGUUCCACGACAAGAUGGACCCGCUGUUGGAGACUCUGGAAGGGGCGGUGCAGAGGCUCCGGCAGCCUCCUCCGGUCGCUGCUGAGGUGGAGAAGAUCCGGGAGCAGCUGGCAGACCACCGCUCUCAGGGGCUGGAGCUGGACAAGCUGCUGCCGAGCUUCUCCGCCCUCUGCUCCCGUGGUGAGGAGCUCAUCGGCAGAGCGGCUCACGACGACCCAGCUGCUCAGGCCGUUCGCUCCCGCCUCCUGCGUCUGCGCUCUCUUUGGGAUGAGAUCCGUCAGCGGGCAGAGGAAAGGGAGAGCAAGCUGAACGACGUCUUGGACCUUGCCGGAAAGUUCUGGGCCGAUGUGGCGGCUCUACUGAGCACACUCAGAGACUCCCAGGAUAUCGUAAGAGAGCUGGAGGACCCUGGGGUGGACCCAUCACUCAUCAAACAGCAGAUUGAAGCAGCUGAGGCCAUCAAGGCAGAGACGGACGGCCUGAGGGAGGAACUGGAGUUCGUCCGGACGCUCGGAGCUGAUCUCAUCUUCGCCUGUGGUGAAACUGAAAAACCAGAGGUCAAGAAGACCAUAGAUGAGAUGAAUGCUGCCUGGGAAGGUCUGAACCGAACAUGGAGAGAGAGGAUGGAGAGGCUGGAGGAGGCCAUGACCGCCUCUGUUCAGUACCAGGAUGCCCUGCAGUCUAUGUUUGACUACCUGGACAACGCAGUGAUCAAACUGUGCGACAUGUCGACUGUAGGAACUGAUCUGGGAACUGUCAAACAGCAGAUAGAAGAGCUCAAGCAGUACAAGGUGGACGUGUACCAGCAACAGAUCGACAUGGAGAAGCUCUGCCACCAGGGGGAGCUGCUGCUGAAGAAAGUGUCGGACCAGACUGACCGGGAUAUGAUCCAGGAGCCGCUAACAGAACUGCGACACCUCUGGGAAAAUCUAGGAGAUAAAAUCACCCAAAGACAGCACAAGCUGGAGGCCGCCCUGCUGGCUCUUGGUCAGUUUCAGCAUGCUCUCUCUGAGCUGCAAGCCUGGCUGAGCCACACUCACACCACUCUGGACACACAGCGACCCAUUAGCUCCGACCCGAAGGCUAUCGAAAUCGAGCUGGCAAAACACCACGUUUUACGUAAUGACGUGCUGUCCCAUCAUGCCACAGUAGAGACUGUGAACAGCGCUGCCACCGAGCUGCUGGAGUCCUCUCCGGGCGAUGAGGCCAGCCACCUGCGAGAUCAGCUCGAUCAGCUCAACCGGAGCUGGGAGAGUCUGUUGUUAAAAACUCAGGAGCGACAGAAACUUCUCGAGGCCGCCCUGCAGCAGGCUGAAGGUUUCCAUGGUGAGCUGGAGGAGUUCCUGCAAUGGUUGAGGAGGACGGAGAGUCAGCUAUCUGCAGCCAAACCAACAGGAGGCCUCCCAGAAACAGCCAGAGAGCAGCUACAGCAACACAUGGAGCUACAGGCUCAGCUGAAUCAGCGAGCAGAACAGUACCAUCGCCUGCUGGAUAAGGGAGAGUCCAUGCUGCUGGCCCGAGGAGGAGAGGAAGUGGGACCUGGAACCACCCAGACCCAUCAGAACCUGGCCAUGUUGCAGAACAAGUGGGCCAGUCUCAACACCAAGAUGGAUGACCGCAGGGCGAAGCUGGAGGAAGCCGUUUCCUUGGCAACAGGUUUUCAGACGUCCCUACAGGACACCAUCAACUGGCUGACCCAGGCUGAACAGACCCUGAACAUGGCCCAGCCCCCCAGCCUCAUACUGGACACGGUUCUCUUCCAGAUCGAUGAGCACAAGGUGUUUGUGAACGAGGUGAACACCCACAGAGAGCAGGUCCUGGCUCUGGAGAAAACGGGCUCUCAGCUUCGCUUCGCGAGUCUAAAGCAGGAUGUGGUUCUGAUCAAGAAUCUGCUUCUUAGUGUCCAGGCCCGCUGGGACAAGCUGGUUCAGAGGUCUCUGGACCGUGGCCGACACCUCGAUGAGGCCCGGAAACGAGCCAAACAGUUCCACGAGGCCUGGAGGAAGCUGACAGACUGGCUGGAGGAAGCUGAGAAAAGACUCGACUCAGAGGUGGAGAUCUCCAAUGAGCCAGACAAGAUCAAAGUUCAACUGACCAAACAUAAGGAGUUUCAGAAAGCUUUGGGAUCCAAGCAGCCUGUUUACGACACUACAGUGAGGUCUGGGAAGGCCAUGAGGGAGAAAGCUCAGCUGCCUGCAGACCAGCAGAAACUGGACCACCUGGUGGGGGAAGUUCGGGACAAAUGGGACACCGUCUGUGGCAAGAGUGUUGAAAGGCAGCACAAGCUGGAGGAGGCUCUGCUGUUCUCUGGUCAGUUUGCUGAAGCUCUUCAGGCUUUAGUGGACUGGCUGUACCGAGUGGAGCCUCAGCUGGCUGAAGACCAACCUGUACAUGGUGACAUGGACUUGGUGUCCAACCUCAUGGAUGCACACAAGGCUUUCCAAAAAGAACUGGGUAAGAGGACCAGCAGCGUUCAGGCUCUGAAGCGGUCAGCUCGGGACCUGAUGGAGACCGGCCGGGAUGACACGGCAUGGGUGAAAGUUCAGCUUCAGGAGCUCAGCAACCGCUGGGAUACAGUGUGUGCCCUAUCUGUCACCAAGCAGACCCGCCUCCAGCAGGCGCUCAAACAGGCAGAGGAGUUUCGUACAGCGGUGCAGAUGCUGCUGGAGUGGCUCUCAGAGGCGGAACAGACGCUUCGUUUCCGUGGCGUCCUCCCCGAAGAGGCCGAGACUCUGCAGGCGCUGCUGCACACUCAUCGUGACUUCAUGGGCACAGUGGAGGAGAAGAGGGCCGACGUGAACAAGGCCGCUGGCAUGGGGGAGGGCAUUCUGACUGUAUGUCACCCAGACUCCAUAACCACCAUCAAACAUUGGAUCACCAUCAUCAGGGCACGCUUUGAAGAGGUGCUGACUUGGGCCAAACAGCAUGAGCAACGGUUGGAGUCAGCUCUGACAGAGGUGCUCAACAACGCCAACCUGCUGGAGGAGCUGUUGUCAUGGUUACAGUGGGCUGAGACUACACUGGUCCAGAGAGACACUGAGCCGCUUCCUCAGGACAUCCCACAACUCACAGCACUCAUCACAGAGCACCAGACUUUCAUGGAGGAGAUGACCAGGAAGCAGCCAGAUGUGGACAAAGUAACGAAAAGCUACAAAAGGAAGCCAGCUGAGCCUCCUAGCAGCCUGGCUGAGAGGAGAGGAGCUCGUAAACACCAGCAGCAGCAGCCAAGCAUGCAGGUUUCAGGUGGAAACCCGCGGCUCAACCAGCUCUGCGCGCGGUGGCAGCAGGUGUGGCUGCUGGCUCUGGACCGCCAGCGUAAACUCAACGACGCUCUGGAUCGGCAGGAGGAGCUCAAAGAGUUUGCCAACUUUGAUUUUGACGUGUGGAGGAAGAAGUACAUGCGAUGGAUGAACCACAAGAAGUCCCGCGUCAUGGAUUUCUUCAGGCGCAUCGACAAGGACCAAGAUGGAAAGAUCACGCGACAGGAGUUCAUCGACGGCAUCUUGGCCUCCAAAUUCCCAACCAGUAAGCUGGAAAUGUCGGCUGUGGCGGACAUCUUUGACCGAGACGGAGACGGUUACAUCGACUACUACGAGUUUGUCGCUGCGCUUCACCCCAACAAGGACGCCUACAGGCCGACCACCGACGCCGAUAAGAUAGAGGACGAGGUGACCCGGCAGGUGGCCCAGUGUAAGUGUGCCAAGAGGUUCCAGGUGGAGCAGAUUGGAGAGAACAAAUACAGGUUCUUCCUCGGAAAUCAGUUUGGUGACUCUCAGCAGCUGCGUCUGGUUAGGAUUCUACGCAGCACGGUGAUGGUGAGAGUCGGAGGGGGUUGGAUGGCUCUGGACGAGUUCCUCGUUAAGAACGAUCCGUGCAGAGUGCAACAUCCAGGACUUAAGAUUCUCCGCUCCGAUUCCAGUAGCUCCAUCUCAUCUCGUAUAGUGACGGUCACUCCUGGCUAUUUCUGCUGCCGAGCUCGAGGUCGCACAAACUUGGAGCUGAGAGAGAAGUUCAUCCUUCCUGAAGGAGCAUCCCAGGGCCUGGCUGCAUUCCGCUCACGGGGCCGACGCUCCAAACCGGGCUCCCGCAACGCCUCACCCACCCGUUCCUCAUCCUCGGCCUCCCACAGCGGCGCCUCUCUGCCCUCAGCUCCCUCCACCCCCGCCACACCAACAGCUUCAGCAUCAUCCAGGUCCUCCCACACCCACUCUCGUGACUAUGCCAAGCCCUGGCUUGCACACAGUAAAACUCCACCACCAUCCAAGUGCCACUGCUGCCCAGAUCUCGGUCACAACCACAGCGCUCCUGGGCACGAGGGGGCGGCGUCUGGGUUCAAACUGAAGAGGCCAACGUUCCACUCGAGCCGAGGCUCACUGACUGGAGAGAACGGAGGAACGCCGCACAGCAGCAAACGUACAGAUCCAAAGCGAGGGGCGGCGACAGCCAGCGGUCCAAGCAGCCGAGCCGGCAGCAGAGCGGGCAGCAGGGCCAGCAGUCGGCGCGGCAGCGACGCCUCAGAUGCCUCGGAGCUUCAGGACACUCGUUCUGUCUGCUCCGACACUUCAGACACGCCAAGGCGGCCCAGCAGUGGAGCCAAACCUUCCAAGAUCCCAACAAUAUCAAAGAAGACCCCCAGUUCAAAGACCCUAGGGUCUACAAAGAAGUAAAUCCAGCUGCUGAAACCUGAAGAAACCUUGUUUUUCCUUCAUUUAGAAAGGUUGGUCUGCGUCAUUCUGGACAUCCAGAGGGCUUGUCUAAAUGUUCUGCACUAUGACUGAUGUUGUUUGGGGAAAGAAGGAGAUGGUGAUCUGAGUAAAUCUCCCUCUCAUUCCUUCCCAAGUCUUGAAGAUCACAUGUGAACCUGCACAAGAGGAGAACAGUUCUGGUCCGGUUGUCCCAGGCCAGAAUCUGUGGGGUCAAUGCUAACUUUUCCCCUUUAAGACCCCAGUUUGCCUUCCAAUUUCUUCCUCCUCUUCUGAAAACGUUCCCUCAAACACGGACCGACGUGAUGCUGCCUUACUUUAUGUUACACUUUUUGUCCUGAUCAGACAGGGUGACAGACUUUAACCUGCUUUAUACUGACAGACACACAUCUUCCUGGAGAGGCGGGGCAGGGAGAGCGGCACGCCGCCACCACAGCUACACAAACAGAAAUAGAAAUGUGGGAGAAUUAUUUUUACUUGUGGUCUAGAUGCCUCAAGGAUGCGUCAAAAAGAAAAUAUGCAACGACUGCCAUGUCGCUUCCUCUGGACUGAUUGGCAAGAAAGCAUUCACCUCCUCAGUGGUGAGCUGAGGAAAAGCUCUCUGACGCACACGAAGAUCCUCUGAGGAUCGGUGGAGGUGGUGCUGCAGCUGAGACCAAACAAUCUCACACUGAAGCACCACACUGCAGACUCCUCCGGACCGCUGGAACGCAGCCCAAUGUGUGCAUUUCAGGAAAGAGCGGUGCGGUUUUUUUUACACAAUCCAACUCAACACUCACACAAAAAAAUCACAAGCUAGCAAUAGAAAGGACUAUUUUAAUGGUGACAACUAACAGCACAUUACUGACAAUAUACGACAUGUUUAACCUUAACAUGAUGUUAACAACUGUGUUCGCAGAGUUAAACAACCAGCAUUUACUAAUUGUCUGCUGCUGUGUGUUGCCCUUAGUGACCCCACUGCGCGCGUGCGAGCACGCACACACACGCGCUCACACACACAGUGUGUGUCUUACAGGAAGCAGCAGAGGUCAUUGACUGAAGUCACUGUAUGCAAAAUUUUAAUUUGCAAUUGUUUUGUUUUCUGAUUAAUUUAUAAUCCAGUUAGACAUUUUGUUGUUUAGCUUGAAAGACAGAUUUAUUUAUUUUCAGUUUUACGUCAUAUCACCGCCGGCAGAGCGUGAUUCAGUAUUAUUGUAAGGAAAUUAUGAUUUUUGUACCAAGAAGAUGCCCACUCCACUACUUUUUAUUUUGACAUGGUUUGUGUGUAAAAGCUUGUUUCUACUCUAUUGUGACAUUACAUUUCACCAGGGUGCCCACUAGUGGCAACCUUGUUGUUGAAUUUUCUAACAACUACAUUUUCCUGACCAAAGGGGUUUGCCCUUCAUCUGUAGAGAUGAACCACAGAUAUGAAUGACUGGGGACCUGGACAGAGGACAGACUAAAGAGGCCGUCUCCUCCUUCAUGUCCCUCACCAGCGUCUCUUAGGCUUUUUCUUUUUCAAAUGUUCUGUCGUGGACAGGCCUGGGUUGUUUUCUCAAUCAAAGAGAUGAAGUUUAUGGAAAUUAAUGAAAUUACACCAAGAAGACACCAUAAGGUGAUUUUUAUUUAUUUAUCGUCGCUCUGAGGGGGAGGGAUGGGGGUCCAGGGGGCAGAGACAACCUUUUUGAUGCUGCGCUCCCCUCAGUGUGAUGAAGUCAACGUGGAGGGAAGGGAUGUUCCUGGGAGUCAUUUGUGUAAAAUUAAAACAAUAAACUAAAAUUAUAAACUUUUUUCUGUUUUUGUAUUAAAAAAGUAUGCUUGCAAUAAAA